UGGCUGCGAGUGAGCAGAGGUCCGCUCCUCUGUGAAACCAACUGCCAACAUGCAGUUCUGGGAUCUCCUGGGCUGCACCAACACAGAUAUUUCCAGAAUAUCAUACUACACUGAAUAUGACGGACAGUUAGCCCCAGCAGCAGCAUUUGAGUCAGGCAUGGCGUCGUCUUCCUACCUGGAGCCCAACCUCAAUCAUGCGGCAGCGGGUGGUUGUGGGGUGAAAUCCCGGUCCGGGAUGCCUGGCGUUGGUACCAGCAGCUCUGCCGGUGGCCUUGAGCGCCCCGCUGGCUCCAUGGACCGGGUGCUCAAGAUCUUCCAUUACUUUGAGACAAAUAGUGAACCAAGUAGUUGGGCUAGUAAUAUCCGGCAUGGAGAUGCCACCGAUGUCAGGGGUGUAAUCCAGAAGAUAGCGGAGAUCCACAAAUUGCGCUGUGUUUCCUCUCUGGGUCUCCGUCUCACCCAUCUGCACUCUGAUGCUCUCCAUUGGUUACACCCAGAUUUGGGCGUGUCACACGUCCGGGAGAAAUAUGAGAAACAUCACCCCCAGGAGGAGUGGAGGUAUGAGUUGCGGAUACGGUACCUUCCUAAAGGUUACCUCAGCCAUUUUUGUGAAGACAAACCCUCUCUCAACUACCUCUAUCACCAGGUAAAGAGUGAUUAUAUGCAGCAUAUAGCUGAUCGGGUGGAUCAAGAUGUUGCCUUGAAACUGGGGUGUUUGGAAAUCAGGAGGUUCUUCAGAGAGAUGCCAGGCAAUGCCUUGGAUAAGAAAUCAAACUAUGAACUACUAGAGAAAGAUGUUGGUUUGAGAAGGUUCUUCCCCAAAAGCCUGCUGGACUCUCUCAAGGCGAAGACUCUUCGUAAGCAGAUCCAGCAAACCUUCAAGCAGUUUGCCAACCUCAACGAUGAGCAGAGCAUCCACAAGUUCUUUGAGAUACUCUCGCCCAUCUACCGCUUCGACAAGGAGUGCUUCAAAUGUGCUUUAGGGUCUAGUUGGAUAAUAUCAGUAGAGUUAGCUAUUGGACCAGAGGAAGGAAUCAGCUACCUCACAGAUAAGGGCUCAAUGCCCACACACUUAGCUAACUUCACCCAGGUUCAGUCAAUCCAGUACUCUUCCUUAGAAGAGAAGGACAGGAAAGGCAUGCUGCAGCUCAACGUAGCAGGAGCUCCAGAGCCUCUCACAGUCACGACAGCAUUGCUGACUACAGCAGAAAACAUGGCUGACUUGAUUGACGGAUACUGUCGGCUUGUCUCCUCAGCUACACACUCCUUCAUCGUCAGAGUCCACAAAGAGGGGGACAGAGCUCUGCCUUCUAUACCCAAAGUUUCAAAUCAUGAGAGGCGAAUGGAAAAGCGGAUGGAAGGAGUACGGACUAGAGCUGUUUGCGUCUCAGGUCAAACUAGUGGCGAUGAAACGGACGACUAUGCUGAGAUCAUAGACGAGGAGGACACCUACACCAUGCCUUCAAAAUACUAUGGACUAGAUCAAGCUCGGGACUAUGAGAUUCAGCGGGAUCGUAUUGAGCUGGGACGCUGCAUAGGAGAAGGUCAGUUUGGAGACGUCCACCAAGGAAUCUACAUCAGCCCGGAGAACCCGGCUCUUUCUGUGGCAGUGAAGACGUGUAAGAACUCAACAUCAGACAGCGUCAGGGAAAAGUUUCUCCAAGAAGCACUGACCAUGCGUCAGUUUGAUCAUCCGAACAUCGUGAAGCUGAUGGGAGUAAUCACAGAGAAUCCAGUUUGGAUCAUCAUGGAGCUCUGUACACUCGGAGAGUUGCGCUCAUUUCUCCAGGUGAGGAAGUACAGUUUAGACCUGGCCAGUCUCAUCCUUUACUCCCACCAGCUCAGCACAGCGCUGGCCUAUCUGGAGAGCAAACGCUUUGUACACAGGGACAUUGCAGCACGGAACGUGCUGGUGUCUACAGUCGACUGUGUGAAGCUGGGAGACUUUGGUCUGUCGCGAUACAUGGAAGAUAGCUCUUAUUACAAAGCAUCCAAAGGUAAACUGCCCAUUAAAUGGAUGGCUCCAGAAUCGAUAAACUUCAGACGCUUUACCACAGCCAGCGACGUCUGGAUGUUUGGCGUCUGUAUGUGGGAGGUUCUAAUGUACGGCAUAAAGCCUUUCCAGGGUGUGAAGAACAACGACGUAAUCGGCAGGAUAGAGAACGGCGAGCGGCUGGCGAUGCCCCCUCAGUGCCCGCCUACUCUGUACAGCUUGAUGACAAAGUGCUGGUCUUAUGAUCCGAGCAAGAGGCCGCGCUUCACUGAACUCAAAACACAACUCAGCACUAUCCUAGAGGAGGAGAAGCUCCAGCAGAAGGAGAGGAACAGGAUGGAGAUGAGGAGACAAGUCACUGUGUCUUGGGACUCCGGAGGGUCUGAUGAAGCACCACCAAAGCCCAGCCGUCGGCCCUCCCUGCAGCCGACCUUCAGUCUGGAUUGUCUUUCUGCUCCUUCUUCUCACCACCAUUGCCAUCAAAACCAGCACUUUGCCUCCCAGCUUUCCCUUUACCAUGGAAACCCUGAUUCUCUAUCCACCUACGCCUCCUCUCACUCACCCGCUCCUCCACUCUACCCCUCCUCUUUGCAAUUUCCCCAUCACUUUUCCUCUUCUCCUAAUCCACAGUUUAUACCGUCUCCCCUUCAAAACACCACUCAGUACAAUCGCUCUUUCUCUCCACACCACACUAGAUUGAAUCCCGACUCCAAAGCUUGUCCGAGCUUGUUGCAACAGUUUCAAACAAACCACUGUUCUCUACCUCGCGCAAAUUCAGUAAGCAUGUCCAACGGCAGCUGCCCCCACAAGAUAAAUCCCUCUUCUAACAGCCACCUGCUCUGUUCGUCUCAGCCAGCGUCAAACAUCUCCCACUCCCAUCCCAGGAACUUCUCUGCGCUCCUCUCCCUCUCCAGUCCUAACAUUAACUCUCUGCCCAGCAGGAUGUCAGAUGUCUGUCCCCUCACCCUCCAAAACAACCAUCCCAAGUCAAACUCUAAUCUUAAAACCCCGCUGUCAUCCAGCUUUCACCACGGCUGCCAGACUAAUCCCAGAACCUCACUCCAACCUGACUCUGACCCCCAGGCCCAACACCAUGCGGUGCAGUCAUGUGGGAGACCCCCGCUGGUCUCUGCUGCUCCCCUCACUCCCUAUACUCUACCCUCCACUAACCUUCAUCCCCCCAGUAGAAAACAAAGUCCAGCUGUAACUGCCCACAUGCCAUUUUCCAUCCCCUGCUCUGAAAGACCCAUGUCCAUACCUCUGAAGCCGAGUAGACCAGGCUACCCCAGUCCUCGCUCAAGUGAAGGUUUUUACCCCAGUCCCCAGCAUCCUGGACACUACCAGAUGGCAGGUUACCCUGGCCCUCACACGCUUCCCUCAGUGCCCAGCGCCCUGUACCCGCCACAGGCAGCCAUGCUGGACACGCACCACGCGCACACGCACCCUCGCCACCACGUUCACACACACUCGCACUCGCAACUCCUUCCCCAGCCCCAUGGACAGGACAUGGCACUGUGGGGCUCUGCAAUGGAGGACAGGGCAGUAGACAUGCAGCAGUGUGUAGGCCAGCAGUGCCUGUUAAUGGAGGAACAGCUGAUGAUACAACAACAGCAGAUGGAGGAGGAUCAGAGGUGGCUGGAACAGGAGGAAAUGCUGCUGGUAACACACACACCACACGACGCCAGGACUUCUCGAGGGAGUCUGGACAGAGAGGACGGUGGACUCCAACCUCCAACGGGAAACCAGCACAUAUACCAGCCCGUUGGCAAAGCAGAACAUGCAGCUCCUCCAAAGAAACCCCCUCGACCCGGAGCCCAAAGCCAAGUGGGCAGUCUGGCCUGUCUAAAUACUGGAGACAGUUACAAUGAUGGAGUAAAGCUGCAGCCCCACGAGAUAAGCCCGCCCCCCACCGCCAACCUGGACCGCUCCAACGACAAGGUGUACGAGAACGUGACGGGCCUGGUCAAAGCCGUGAUCGAGAUGUCAAGCAAGAUUCAGCCGGCUCCUCCAGAGGAAUACGUUCCCAUGGUCAAGGAUGUGGGACUGGCAUUGAGGACGUUAUUGGCCACAGUGGACGAGACAUUACCACAACUUCCAGCCAGUACACACAGAGAGAUCGAGAUGGCUCAGAAACUGUUGAACUCUGACUUGGCUGAGCUGAUCGGGAAGAUGAAGUUAGCCCAACAGUAUGUGAUGACCAGUCUCCAGCAGGACUAUAAGAAACAGAUGUUGACGGCAGCUCACGCCCUCGCAGUCGAUGCCAAGAACCUGCUGGAUGUUAUUGACCAAUCCCGGCUCAAGAUGAUGGCCCAGUCCCGCCCACACUAGCCGGGCCAACAGGAGCUGGUCUGCUGUUUGAGGGACAGCAUGGUGACGGUCCCUGCCGGCGGUGGAGAACAAAAGACUCCUGAGUCGUGACUCCUGAUAUGUGAGAAACAGUGGCUCUGUUCGUUACAUGUUGAACCCUGCUUAAACCGAGGUCGUCCGUUCAUCUGGGAUUAAACUAUCCACCACUGUGACUUUCUUAGUACAAGAAACCUCUUCCUGAAUCAGGGACUUAACAGCUUCGCUCUCUUUGGACAUAUAUUUAAACUGAGCCGGAUUCCCGAGGGGGCGGAAGCUCCACCGUGGGCGACUAGAUCUGGAUUUGAUGACAUCAGGUAGAUCAGUCUUGGUGGAAUCCAACAAUAAGCAGAGCCAUCAGAUCGGACUGCCUCUGGUCGGCAGUGGGAACAGGCUUCAGACAUCAGCCAGCAGCCAUGAUGACGUCACGUUUUCUGACCCGUGGAUGUGAAGCCUCCAGCUCAGUUGAAAAUACCUCCACAUCUCCAUGGAUGCUCACCAACUUUCUGUUCAGCUCUGGUUGUGCACGGUCCUUUUACGAUGGACGCUCCAACAGGAAACCUCCCAGGAAAGAGACAGUCCUCGGUUUGGUCAGGAGCUGGUGCAUCACACCCUCCUCUCUUUUCUCUCCUCCACUCCCGUCCUUCCUCUGUCUCACCAGCUUUUAUUUAUAGACUCAGAAAUUGCUGAGGAGGAGACAGAGGGAGAGGCAGGAAGAGUCGGUUAAAAGUUGAGCACGGUGCAGCGCCAGUCUACUCCCUGAAGAAAGAAGUCACUUAUCCUCCUCUCUCCCUCUAUUUCAUUCACUUUCCAUCCUCACUGCUCCUCUCCCUCCUGCAGUCUUCCUCAGCUCCUAUCUGAGCAGAUUUUUAAGACUCCAAAUGUGAAGAAUCAAACUCCCUACUCGCACUCAGUUUGGUCUGCCCUUUUUACCGGCUGCCUCCAUGACUUUGUGUUGUUUUCAGCAGUCACAAUCUUCUUCCUCGACACUGAUAACUGUUUAGGACUUGGAAUACAAGCAGAUAUUCAAUCCCAGCAUGGAAAGAAAAAACUAACAAAAUGUGGACUUUGAGGAGUCGGUCUGGGUGACUGGAUACUUUCAGAUGUGUUUCGUCUUCACCUGGUGUCACAACUUUAACAGCCCCGUGUCCACCAGUGGCGUAAAAGGAAUUUUCCUGCAAGCAAACCUCACCACUGGAACCUUUGUGCUUUGAGUCCCAGUUUCUGUCAGGUGUCACACUUUAAAAAUGUCCCUCCCAAACAACAGUCCCUAGGAAAUUAAACACACAUGAAAUGUGGAGCCACAUGAGUGGAACUCGUCUCGCAAAACACUGAACUGAAAAUACAGCAGAUCCCACGUCUCUUUGUUAAUACCAACCCCACAUGGAAUAUGACAUACUGCUGUAUGACACAUACUGGUGACUGUACUAGUGUAGCAUGGUAUACUGGUAUGGAGAAGAGCAUAUUUGCACAGCAAACAGCUAAUGUUCUGGCCCUUCUUUACACCCAGAUUUGAUUCAAUGUUUAGCCAGCAAUGAAACUAUCAAAAAUGUGGGUGUUAUAGGGUUAAAAAUGAAAAAAAAUAAAAAACACAUCUAUUUUAUGUUGUUGCGUAAAUCUGCUCAUGUUGGUAUAUUGUUAACUAUACUGGCGUGUAUCACUGGUGAAUUGUACAGAAGUCGUACUAGUAAACACUGGUUUUUAUUUUGUCUGCUGGGCUCAAUCAGCCAUCUUGUCAAAUAGGAGGAAAAAACAAUGAAAUAAAAUAAUGAUGAAAUGGAAA